AAAAAAAAAAAAACUAAAACCCUAAUUUUCAAUCGAAUUUGGUAAAAUCCCCAAUCUCUCUCUCUCAAUUUCUAUUCUUUUGGCUUUCAGGCGAGGGUUAUCUGCGCGAAUUCUGAAGGAUUGCUCAAAAGAUGCUCGACGUAUUGUCUGCGACAAAACAAAGCCAGGACGAGGCAGAUGGAGCCGGUCGAUCUUCCCCAGCUCCGAAGCGGAUUAAAACUGCAAAAGCGUCUGAAGUUAGCGAGGAGAAGGGUUCAUACAACGGACUGAAGGAUGUUGAAAUUUCUGUUCCAAUAGUGUAUGGAACAAUGGCAUUUUGGCUUGGUAGAAAGGCCAAUGAGUCUCAGUCACAUAAGUGGACAGUCUAUGUGCGUGGUGCAACAAAUGAGGAUCUUAGCAUCGUGAUUGAACGAGUUGUAUUUCAAUUGCAUCCUAGUUUUAGUAAUCCUAUGAGAGUGGUUGAAUCACCCCCAUUUGAGUUAUCAGAAUGUGGUUGGGGUGAAUUUGAAAUUGCCAUCUCCAUUAUUUUCCACUCUGAUGUUUGUGAUGAACAGCUGAACCUAUACCACAAUUUGAAGUUGUACUCUGAAGAUGAAUAUGGCCCUGAGUCAACCAGGAAACCUUUAGCUGCUGAAUCUUAUGAUGAGAUUGUUUUCCCCAACCCCUCCGAUCGGUUCCUUGCUCGUGUGCAGAAUCAUCCCGCUGUAAAAGUGCCAAAACUUUCUGCUACUCAUGACUGGACUCCAGUACCAGUUGAAGAUGUCAAUGAAAAGAAGAUAGGUCAUACCAAACGUCAUUUGCUAAGUCGGUGGUUUAUGAAUUUCUCAGAAGCAGAUGAACUAUUAAAACUGGCAGCAGCUCGUCAGCAGGUGCAAGCUUGUAUUGUAAAGCUGAGAAGACAGUUAAGUGUGAUUAAGGGGCUGCCUCAGCCAUUGAAAUGAUCACUUGGUUUGAUAAAUGUAAAUAAUCCUGCCUGGUUUCUAGGAAUUUCCAUGUCAGCCGAAUUGUAAAGGACAAACCUAUGUAGUGAACUAUUGUCUCAGUUCAGCAAAAAGGAAAACAAAAGGAAAUAUUAUCAGUUCUAUGAAUCAUGGCCCAUUUCCCCUCUUUUUCGUUCA